AGUGCCGCCUUGUCCCCGGUCCAAGAUGGCUGCGUCCAUGGCGCGGCGCUUGUGGCCUUUGCUGACUUGUCGGGGUCUCCUGCCCUAUGGAGGCUGGAUCUCCAACGACAGUCCAAGGAGAAGUUUCGCUACAGAGAAACGAAACCGGAACCUCCUGUACGAGCAUGCGCGCGAGGGCUACAGUGCACUCCCUCAGCUGGCCAUAGAGUGGUUCUGCGCAUGCCCAGAAGAAGCCGCACGCGCCCUGGAGCUCCGCAAGGGGGAGCUGCGCUCGGCGGACCUGCCCGCGAUCAUCUCGACAUGGCAGGAGUUGAGGCAGCUGCGGGAGCAGAUCCGGAGCCUGGAGGAAGAGAAGGCAGCUGUGGCUGAAGCAGUGCGGGCCCUGCUGCUGCUUAGGAUCAUGGAAGGUUCAGAAUGUCAAGGGGCCUUGGGUGCAGGCCCUCAAAUGCACACGGAUAGACUUUACCUCUCCGAGCCUCCAUUUUCAAAUCUACAGACAGGCUUCUAUGUGGGCCCCGUCCCUCUCUCCCCACUGCCUUACACCAGUGCUCUUCACCCACAUCCAGCUUUCUCCUUCCAACCCCGAGGCCACCUGGAAAUUGGCGAGAAACUCGACAUCAUCCGUCAGAAGCGCCUGUCCCACGUGUCUGGCCACCGCUCCUAUUACCUGCGCGGGGCUGGAGCCCUCCUGCAGCACGGACUGGUCAACUUCACAUUCAACAAGCUUCUCCGCCGGGGCUUCACCCCCAUGACAGUGCCAGACCUUCUCCGAGGAGCAGUGUUUGAAGGCUGUGGGAUGACACCAAAUGCCAACCCAUCCCACAUUUACAACAUCGACCCUGCUCGCUUCGAAGAUCUCAACCUGGCUGGAACAGCGGAGGUGGGGCUUGCAGGCUACUUCAUGGACCACGCCGUGGCCUUCAGGGACCUGCCAGUCAGGAUGGUUUGUUCCAGCACCUGCUACCGGGCGGAGACAAACACGGGACAGGAACCCCGGGGGCUGUACCGAGUGCACCACUUCACCAAGGUGGAGAUGUUUGGGGUGACAGGCCCCGGGUUGGAGCAGAGCUCACAGCUGCUGGAGGAGUUCCUGUCCCUUCAGAUGGAGAUCUUGACGGAGCUGGGCUUGCACUUCCGGGUCCUGGACAUGCCCACUCAGGAACUGGGCCUCCCUGCCUACCGCAAGUUUGACAUUGAGGCCUGGAUGCCAGGCCGAGGCCGCUUUGGAGAGGUCACCAGUGCUUCCAACUGCACAGAUUUCCAGAGCCGCCGCCUCCACAUCAUGUUCCAGACCGAGGCUGGGGAGCUGCAGUUUGCCCACACGGUGAACGCCACUGCCUGUGCUGUCCCCCGCCUCCUCAUCGCGCUCCUGGAGAGUAACCAGCAAAAGGACGGCUCAGUGCUCGUGCCCCCUGCCCUCCAGCCGUACCUCGGCACCGAUCGGAUCACAGCCCCCACCCACGUGCCUCUCCAGUACAUCGGCCCCAACCAGCGCCGGAAGCCUGGGCUGCCUGGGCUGCCUGGCCAGCCUGCUGUAAGCUGAGAACCCACCCUCGGCAGCCCUAGAGGGCGUCACUGCUUCCUGGAGCUCAGGAGACCCCGGACACCUGGGACCUGUGCUCCUGAGCCUGUCCUGACAUCUGUGUUCCUCCCGUCAGCUCCACGCCCAGGCCCCUGGACCCUGGGGUCCGCCUGUCCUCUGUCUUUGCUGCCUGAGUCAGUCACUGACCCUGUUAUCGUUGAGGGGUUCCAGUGGGAAACAGGACCUCUGGACUUGGUUCUGGGGACAGGAGAAGCAGAGGAAGAGGCCUCCAUCCCUCCUUCCUUCCCCCCACAGUGCUGAGCAAAAAGGCCCCAAUAAAUGGUCAGGACAAAG